AUGGCAAUUGAAAAAUGUCAAAGGGAUUUUACUAGAAUAAUUCAUGGUAUGGGUUUUCUCAGCUAUAGUGAGAGACUUCAAAAGCUGGGACUGACAACACUUCUCGAACGUAGAAUACGGGGUGAUCUUAUUGAAGCAUACAAGAUUAUUAACGGACAUGUUAACUAUGGCCAUCAAAUGUUUAACCAUAAUUUGCAUUAUAGUACUCGUAAUUUAUGCAAUGUAUCAUCCUGUAGGACCAGAUUUGCGUUAGAUUGUUUUAGCGUAAGAGUAAUUAAGUUUUGGAACAAUUUACCAAACUCUGUUAAGUAUGCACCUAGUGUAAACGCCUUUAAGGCAGGACUUGAUGAUCUAAAAAGUUAUAACCCGGAUUCUCGUCACGGAUAUUGGUAUUUAUCGCAAGAAAUCUUUAACAGAAUUCCGGAUAAGAAUGACCAUGUUACUUAUCUUAAAUUGCAUCCAGAGGUUGCUAUGCGAAGACAUAUUUCUUGUUUCUAA